UCGAGAAAUGUUCUCUCAUGUUUGAACUUGAAGAUGUCAUCGUUGGAAGACCAUUCGAUUUAUCGGAAAAAAUGAAACUCAACGUCCAGGGUCCCCGCUGUGGUUUCAAGGACACCCUAUAGAAAGUUCAUUCACAUUUGGUCUGUGUUUACUUGAAUUUGAUCUGGAGAGCAAUCGAGUUUGAACGCGCGGAUGGAGUGUUGAGCUCGUGAAAUUAUUCCAGGCGCUUGCGCACACCAAAACCCCGAAGAAGUCGUUGAGCGCGAUGGGAGAUGCACGCAGAAAUUCGCCCACAUUUAUCAGUAGACUUUGCUCUUGUAACGCUGUCGGAGCGGAGGCAGUUUUUCAUUGUUUUAUUCCCCGAUUCCGAGCCCUCGAUAGAACACCGAAGAAUUUCCAUUUGUUCAGGAAUUUUUUGCUUCUUGAGAUUUUGCGAGCUCUUCAAUCCACCGUGGUUACGUUUUGCGUGCGAAUAAAAGAGCAGUCAUGAAGAUCGCUAUCGUCGGUGGUGGUGCGGUUGGAAUAACGACUGCGUUGCAGUUGAAAGAUGAAUUUAGGAAUUCUGACAUCACGGUACACGCCGCGAGCUUCGAUGACACUACCAGUCACGUGGCUGCUGGCAUUUUCAGGGUCGGUACUUCGUACUCCGGACCUACUGAGGAAUUAACGAGAACAUGGAUCAAUGAUUCGUGGAAGUACUACGACGAAAUUCGAAAAUCGAGAGAAUCAGCGAAAGCCGGUAUCGCAAACAUGUCUUGUUACAUGUUCGCCAAUUCCCGGCCACAGGCGGUCAGAAACGACUGGAUGGAACGACUCUUUCCAGUCUACAGGCUCAUUGAUGAAACAGAAUUCAAGAUCGUUGGCGGCGAAUGGAAAUACGGAGCUUACUUCGAGACCAUGAUAACGAGAUGCGAGUCUUUUUUGCCCUGGGCUAGAAACAAGCUCCAAGAAAAGGGCGUGAAAUUUGUCGAAAAAGAAAUACAAUCGUUCGGGGAACUGAGCGACAGUCACAAUUUGAUAAUGAACUGCACUGGGCUUGCCUCGAGAGAACUGUGCAACGACAAACGCGUCGUUCCGAUUCGAGGCCAAAUUACCAGGAUCAGAGCGCCCUGGAUAAAAACCGCCUUCUACGGAGAAUUGGACACUUAUAUUGUGCCAGCAUUAGACGGCAGCGUGAUUCUCGGUGGGUCCCGAGGGUACGAUUCGAACAAUAAAGAAGUGUGCUCGUACGAGGCAGCAGCGAUUUACGACAGAAGCGUUAAGCUUCUACCCUCGAUUAAAAAAGCUCCAAUUCUGGGUCACUCGGUGGGUUUGAGACCGCACAGAGAAAAUAACGUGAGAGUCGAAAUGGAAAAAAUGACAAAGGGAAACUCCAAUUGCACGAUUGUCCAUAAUUACGGUCAUGGCGGGUAUGGCGUUUGCACGGCACCGGGAACCGCGAAGUUCGCAAUCAGUCUCGCGAAAUCGGCUCACACGGCAUCCGGCUCUAAAUUGUAACAGAAAAUAAAUAAAUUUAUCGUUCUUUCGAGUUAGAUGACCGACGAAUAAUAACUAAAUUCGGAAUUACUUGCUAGCAAAAUCAGCUGGUUUUUAAAAAUAUUUUCAAACGAAAAUAUGUUUUUUGAAGAUUGAGUAUUUUUUGUUUAGUAUCAAAAUACAUGUUUUAUUGACGAAUUAACACGAGACAGUAAUACAACACGAACUAAUACUGCA